AUACCCAAACACCGCAACUCCUCUCCUCUUUCUCUCUCUCUCUCUGUACUCCCUUCGCCGCCUCUGAAUCCCACCCCGCCGCCCCCCAUCCCUGCCACCGCGGCCUCCUCCUCCGCGGCCGAUGUGCUCUUCUCGCCGUCCCAAAACCCUAAAGGUGAGGCACAGGUGAGGGGUCCCGAUCGGAGAUGGCAGCGGCGGCGAUGGCGGCGCACCGGGCCAGCUUCCCGCUGCGACUGCAGCAGAUCCUGUCCGGCAGCCGCGCCGUAUCACCGGCGAUCAAAGUCGAGUCCGAGCCGCCUGCAAAGGUUAAAGCAUUUAUUGACCGUGUGAUCAAUAUUCCACUGCACGACAUUGCCAUACCACUAUCAGGCUUCCGUUGGGAGUUCAAUAAGGGAAAUUUCCACCACUGGAAGCCUCUAUUUAUGCAUUUUGAUACCUAUUUCAAGACAUAUGUUUCUUCUAGGAAAGAUCUUAUGUUAUCUGAUGAUAUGGCAGAGAGUGAACCGUUGACAAAAAAUACUAUCUUGCAAAUUUUGAGAGUUAUGCAGAUUGUAUUGGAAAACUGCCAGAACAAGACUUCUUUUGCUGGUCUUGAGCAUUUUAAGCUUCUGCUGGCAUCAUCAGAUCCUGAGAUAGUUGUGGUGGCCUUGGAAACUCUCGCUGCAUUGGUGAAAAUAAAUCCUUCAAAAUUGCAUAUGAAUGGAAAACUUGUCAACUGUGGAGCUAUAAACAGCCAUCUGCUAUCAUUGGCCCAAGGAUGGGGUAGCAAGGAGGAGGGUCUGGGCUUAUAUUCUUGUGUUGUGGCAAAUGAGCGAAAUCAGCAGGAGGGUUUGUGCUUAUUCCCAGCAGACAUGGAGAACAAAUAUGAUGGCACGCAACAUCGUCUUGGGUCCACUCUUCAUUUUGAGUAUAAUUUGUGCCCUGUCCAAGAUGCUGACCAAACUAGUGACAAGAAGUCAUCUAAUCUGUGUGUCAUACAUAUCCCGGACCUGCACCUUCAGAAGGAAGAUGACUUGAGCAUAUUGAAGCAAUGUGUUGACAAGUUCAAUGUGCCUCCAGAGCACCGGUUUGCCUUGUUUACAAGGAUAAGAUAUGCACACGCUUUUAACUCCCCAAGGACAUGCAGGCUUUAUAGCCGUAUAAGUCUCCUUGCCUUCAUUGUCCUCGUACAAUCCAGUGAUGCCCAUGAUGAGCUCACGUCAUUCUUCACAAAUGAACCAGAGUACAUAAAUGAGUUAAUCCGUCUUGUUCGGUCAGAAGAUAUUGUUCCUGGGCCUAUUCGAGCACUGGCUAUGCUUGCAUUGGGAGCACAGUUAGCGGCAUAUGCAUCAUCUCAUGAGCGAGCAAGGAUAUUGAGUGGCUCAAGUAUUAUCUCUGCUGGUGGAAAUCGCAUGGUCUUGCUCAGUGUUCUGCAAAAAGCAAUAUCGUCACUCAGUAGCCCCAAUGAUACCUCAUCCCCUUUAAUUGUUGAUGCCCUUCUGCAGUUCUUUUUGCUUCAUGUACUGUCAUCUUCAAGUUCUGGUACAACUGUCAGAGGUUCAGGGAUGGUUCCCCCUCUCUUGCCCCUCUUGCAAGACAAGGAUCCUUCCCACAUGCAUCUUGUCUGUUUGGCAGUGAAGACUCUUCAGAAGCUGAUGGAGUACAGCAGCCCUGCUGUUUCCCUCUUUAAGGAUUUGGGUGGUGUGGAACUUUUAUCUCAGAGGUUACAUGUGGAGGUGCAGCGUGUUAUUGGUGUUGCUGACAGUCAUACUUCAAUGGUUACCAAUGAUACAUUGAAAUCAGAAGAUGAUCAUUUCUACUCCCAGAAACGACUGAUCAAGGCUUUGCUCAAGGCAUUGGGGUCUGCUACAUACUCUCCUGCAAAUCCUGCCCGCUCUCAAAAUUCCAAUGAUAAUUCUCUGCCCAUGUCACUUUCCCUUAUAUUCCAGAAUGUAAGCAAGUUCGGUGGUGAUAUUUACUUCUCCUCAGUUACUGUUAUGAGUGAGAUAAUACAUAAGGAUCCUACAUGCUUUCCUGCUUUGAAGGAACUUGGUCUUCCUGAUGCUUUUCUGUCAUCAGUGACUGCUGGGGUGAUACCAUCUUGUAAAGCUCUUAUUUGUGUACCUAAUGGCCUGGGUGCAAUUUGCCUUAAUACCCAAGGACUCGAGUCUGUCAGGGAAACUUCUGCGCUGCGUUUUCUUGUAGACACUUUCACUAGUAGGAAAUAUCUGAUACCAAUGAAUGAAGGUGUUGUCCUCUUAGCCAAUGCGGUGGAAGAGCUUUUACGCCAUGUGCAGUCCCUGAGAAGUGCUGGUGUUGACAUCAUCAUUGAAAUAAUCAACAAACUCUCUUCACCUCGUGAAGAUAAAGUCAUAGAACCAACCAGCACGGAAGAAAGAACAGAUAUGGAAACAGAUGUUGAAGGGCGUGAUUUGGUGAGUGCUAUGGAUUCCGGCGCAGAUGGAACUAAUGACGAGCAGUUUUCACAUUUGAGCAUUUUCCAUGUGAUGGUGUUGGUGCAUCGGACAAUGGAAAAUUCUGAAACUUGCCGGUUAUUUGUAGAAAAAGGAGGUCUACAGAAUCUUUUGACACUGUUGUUGCGACCUAGCAUCACCCAAUCAUCUGGAGGGAUGCCUAUUGCUUUGCAUAGCACCAUGGUAUUCAAGGGAUUUACUCAGCAGCAUUCUACUCCACUUGCACGUGCAUUUUGCUCCUCUUUAAAGGAGCAUUUGAAGAAUGCCUUGCAGGAACUUGAUACAGUUUCUAGCUCAUGUGAAGUGAUUAAGUUAGAAAAAGGAAACAUCCCAUCUCUCUUUAUUGUUGAAUUUCUGCUCUUUCUCGCGGCAUCGAAAGAUAAUCGCUGGAUGAACGCACUACUCUCAGAAUUUGGAGAUGUGAGCAGGGAUGUCCUGGAAGAUAUUGGACGAGUUCACCGAGAAGUGCUUUGGCAAAUUUCACUUUUUGAAGAGAAGAAAGUUGAGCCUGAAGCUAGUUCUCCUAAAGCAAAUGAUGCCCAGCAAGUUGACACUGCUGUGGGCGAAACUGAUGAUAACAGAUACACUUCCUUUAGGCAAUAUCUUGAUCCUCUUCUAAGGCGACGCGGCUCUGGGUGGAACAUAGAGUCUCAGGUGUCUGACCUCAUCAAUAUCUAUCGUGAUACAGGUCGUGCAACUACUGACUCUCACAGAAUUGGUGCUGAUAGAUACCCUAGUUCAGGGUUGCCCUCAAGUUCCCAGGAUCAGCCUUCCAGUUCAUCAGAUGCAAAUGUGAAGUCAGAAGAGGACAAAAAAAGAUCUGAGCAUUCAUCCUGCUGUGACAUGAUGAGGUCACUCUCUUACCAUAUUAACCAUCUUUUUAUGGAGCUUGGGAAAGCAAUGUUGCUUACAUCUCGUCGUGAGAACAGUCCUAUAAAUUUAUCCGCAUCUGUUGUAUCUGUUGCUACAAAAAUUGCUUCUAUUGUGUUGGAUCACCUCAAUUUUGAGGGGCACACAAUCAGUUCUGAGAGAGAGAUUACUGUUACCACAAAGUGCCGGUACCUUGGGAAGGUAGUUGAUUUCGUUGAUGGGAUAUUGUUGGACAGGCCAGAAUCAUGUAAUCCAAUUAUGGUGAAUUCAUUCUAUUGCCGUGGUGUCAUUCAGGCUAUAUUGACAACAUUUGAAGCCACCAGUGAGUUGCUGUUCACGAUGAACAGGCCACCAUCCUCACCUAUGGAGACUGAUAAUAAAACAGGGAAGGAAGAGAAGGAUACAGAUUGUUCAUGGAUUUAUGGCCCCCUCUCAAGCUAUGGGGCAAUUAUGGACCAUCUUGUAACAUCAUCAUUUAUUCUCUCUUCAUCGACAAGACAAUUACUUGAGCAGCCUAUUUUUAGUGGAAGUGUAAAGUUUCCCCAAGAUGCUGAGAGGUUCAUGAAGUUGCUUCAGUCUAAGGUGUUAAAAACUGUUCUUCCCAUCUGGGGGCAUCCUCAGUUUGCAGAGUGCAAUGUUGAGUUAAUCAGUUCAGUCACAUCCAUCAUGAGGCAUGUUUACUCUGGGGUUGAAGUGAAAAACACUGUUAGCAAUAUUGGUGCUCGUUUAGCUGGUCCACCCCCUGACGAGAACGCAAUUUCAAUGAUCAUAGAGAUGGGCUUUUCUCGUGCCAGAGCUGAAGAAGCAUUACGACAGGUUGGAACAAAUAGUGUUGAGAUCGCAACGGAUUGGUUGUUCUCGCACCCAGAGGAACCACCAGAGGAUGAUGAACUGGCUCGAGCGCUUGCAAUGUCUCUGGGGAAUUCUGAUACAUCUGCUCAAGAGGAAGACGGCAAAUCUAAUGAUCUUGAUCUGGAAGAAGAAAAUGUUCUUCUGCCUCCCAUGGAUGAAGUGUUAUCCUCUUGUCUUAGGCUGCUACAGGCAAAGGAAACUUUAGCUUUCCCUGUCCGGGAUAUGCUUGUGACUAUCAGCUCACAGAAUGACGGCCAAAACCGUGUGCAAGUGCUUACAUAUUUGAUUGAUCAUCUGAAACAGUGUCUGGUGGCAUCUGAUCCUUUAAAGAACACUGUAUUAUCCGCUCUUUUCCACGUGCUUGCUUUGAUUCUUCAUGGAGAUGCUGCAGCUCGGGAAGUUGCCUCAAAGGCUGGUCUUGUCAAGGUUGCUUUGAACCUGUUGUGCAGCUGGGAGUUGGAGCCAAGGGAAGGUGAGAUAACUGAGGUCCCAAAUUGGGUUACGUCCUGUUUUCUUGCUGUUGACAGAAUGCUUCAGUUGGAUCCAAAGUUGCCAGAUGUUACUGAGCUUGACGUCCUCAAAAAGGAUAAUUCAAAUACACAAACGCCUAUUGUGAUUGAUGACAGCAAGAAAAGGGAUUCCGAAUCUUCUUCAAGUGUAGGGUUAUUGGACUUGGAGGACCAAAAGCAACUUUUGAUGGUCUGCUGCAAAUGCAUUCAGAAGCAGUUGCCUUCUGAUACAAUGCAUGCUAUUCUGCAGUUGUGCGCUACACUGUCAAAAGUACAUGUGGCUGCUAUUAGUUUUCUUGAGUCUGGUGGACUGCAUGCGUUGCUGAGUUUGCCGACAAAGAGCUUGUUUUCUGGAUUCAACAGUUUGGUUUCUACAAUUAUUCGUCAUAUUCUGGAGGAUCCUCACACCCUUCAGCAAGCUAUGGAACUAGAGAUACGUCAUAGUCUGGUUACGGCUGCUAAUCGGCAUGCAAAUCCCAGGGUUACACCACGUAAUUUUGUUCAGAAUUUGGCGUUUGUUGUAUACAGGGACCCAUUGAUAUUUAUGAAAGCUGCCCAAGCUGUGUGCCAGAUUGAGAUGGUUGGAGAUAGACCAUAUGUUGUUCUGUUGAAGGACCGUGAGAAAGAGAAGAGCAAGGAAAAAGAGAAGGAUAAAUCAGUUGAUAAAGAUAAAUCAUCCAGUGCCGUCACAAAGAUAACAUCAGGGGACAUGGUUUCUGCAUCUCCUGGAAGUACUAAAGGGAAACAAUCUGAUUUGAAUGCAAAGAGUGUGAAAUCUCAUCGCAAGCCACCACAAAGCUUUGUAUCUGUUAUUGAGCAUUUACUAGAUCUGGUUAUGUCCUUUGUUCCACCACCAAGAUCUGAGGACCAGCCUGAUGGUUCCUCAUCCACGGACAUGGAGAUUGACUCUAAUUCAGCAAAAGGGAAAGGAAAGGCCGUUGCUUCCACACCUGAAGAGUCCAAGCAAGCAAUCCAAGAGGCUACUGCAUCUCUUGCUAAAAAUGCAUUUGUACUGAAGCUGCUUACUGAUGUACUCCUAACUUACGCUUCAUCCAUUCAAGUUAUUCUUCGCCAUGAUGCUGAAUUGAGUGGUCCUACCCGGAACAGUGGUGGCAUAUUUAAUCAUAUAUUGCAGCAUUUCCUUCCACAUGCUACGAAGCAAAAAAAGGAGAGAAAAACUGAUGGAGAUUGGAGGUACAAAUUGGCAACCAGGGCUAAUCAAUUUUUGGUGGCUUCAUCUAUUCGUUCUCCAGAAGGUCGAAAAAGAAUUUGUUCGGAAAUCUGCAGUAUAUUUGUUGAGUUCACAGACUCUCCUACCGGUUGCAAACCACAAAUGUUAAGGAUGAAUGCAUAUGUUGAUUUGCUCAAUGAUAUUCUAUCAGCCCGCUCACCAACUGGCUCCUCGCUUUCAGCAGAAUCUGUUGUUACUUUUGUUGAAGUUGGUCUUGUUCAGUCUCUAACGAGAACCCUUCAAGUUAUAGACCUGGAUCACCCUGAUUCAGCAAAGAUUGUAACUGCUAUUGUCAAGGCUCUUGAAGUGGUUACGAAGGAGCAUGUUCAUUUAGCGGAUUUUAAUGCCAAAGGGGAGAGCUCAUCAAAGAUUAUUUCUGACCAGAACAAUGUAGAUUCAUCAGCUAAUAGAUUCCAGGUUCUUGACACAACUUCUCAACCAACUGCCAUGGUUACUGAUCACAGGGAAACCUUCAAUGCUGUUCACACUUCACGAAGUUCAGAUUCAGUGGCAGAUGAGAUGGAUCAUGACCGUGAUCUGGAUGGAAGCUUUGCCCGUGAUGGCGAAGAUGAUUUUAUGCAUGAGAUUGCUGAAGAUAGAACUGGAAAUGAGUCCACAAUGGAAAUUAGAUUUGAAAUUCCGCAUAAUAGAGAGGAUGAUAUGGCUGAUGAGGAUGAUGACAGUGAUGAAGAUAUGUCAGCAGAUGAUGGCGAGGAGGUUGAUGAAGAUGAUGAUGAGGAUGAAGAUGAGGAAAAUAACAACCUGGAGGAAGAUGAUGCCCAUCAAAUAUCUCAUCCUGACACAGACCAGGAUGACCGUGAGAUUGAUGAAGAAGAAUUUGAUGAAGAUCUGCUAGAAGAAGAUGAUGAUGAGGAUGAGGAUGAGGAAGGAGUCAUCCUUCGCCUGGAGGAGGGGAUCAAUGGAAUUAAUGUGUUUGACCAUAUUGAGGUUUUCGGGGGGAGCAACAAUUUGUCUGGUGAUACAUUGCGUGUGAUGCCUUUGGACAUAUUUGGCACAAGACGGCAAGGCCGUAGUACAUCUAUCUACAACCUUCUUGGGCGAGCAAGCGAUCAAGGUGUACUUGACCACCCACUCUUGGAAGAACCUUCCAUGUUACACAUUCCGCAGCAGAGACAGCCAGAAAAUUUAGUUGAGAUGGCUUUCUCAGAUCGGAAUCAUGAAAAUAGUAACUCCCGUUUGGAUGCGAUAUUCAGAAGCUUGCGAAGUGGACGAAAUGGACACCGAUUCAAUAUGUGGCUGGAUGAUGGUCCACAGCGCAGUGGAUCUGCUGCUCCUGCAGUACCUGAAGGCAUUGAAGAGCUCUUGCUCUCUCAGUUGAGACGGCCUACACCUGAACAUCCUGAGGACCAGAGUAUUCCUGCUGUUGGUGCUCAAGAAAAUGAUCAGCCCAGCAAUUUGCAUGGAUCGGAAACUGAGGCAAGAGAGGACGAACCGGCAGAACAAAAUGAAAACAUUGAAAGCGAUGAUAUUCCUGCAGCAAGGUCUGAGGUGGAUGUUUCUGCAAGUGCUGGUCCUGCACCACCUCACAGCGACGAACUUCAAAGAGAUGCAUCCAGUGCUAGCGAGCAUGUUGCAGAUAUGCAAUAUGAACGUAGUGACGCUGUUGUACGUGAUGUAGAAGCAGUAAGCCAAGCAAGCAGUGGUAGUGGUGCUACUCUAGGGGAAAGCCUAAGGAGUCUAGAUGUGGAAAUAGGAAGUGUUGAAGGACAUGAUGAUGGUGACCGACAUGGUGCUUCAGACAGGAUUCCUUUGGGUGAUGUACAAGCAGCUGCUCGAUCACGGAGGCCUCCUGGAAGUGCCGUACCAGUUAGUAGCAGAGAUAUAUCUUUGGAGAGUGUUAGCGAGGUCCCUCAAAAUCCAGUCCAGGAAUCUGAUCCGAAUGCCAAUGAGGGCGAUCAAGAGCCCAACAGACCUGCUGAUGCCGACUCAAUUGAUCCUACAUUUUUGGAGGCUCUUCCAGAAGACUUACGUGCAGAAGUUCUUUCUUCACGUCAAAAUCAAGUGACUCAGGCUUCUACUGAUCAGCCUCAGAAUGAUGGGGACAUUGAUCCUGAAUUCCUUGCUGCACUUCCACCUGAUAUACGUGAAGAGGUUCUAGCUCAGCAACGUGCCCAAAGGUUGCAACAGACACAAGAACUGGAAGGACAGCCUGUUGAAAUGGAUGCUGUAUCAAUUAUUGCAACAUUCCCUUCAGAAAUUCGGGAAGAGGUGCUUUUGACGUCUCCAGAUACCCUGCUAGCUACAUUGACACCUGCAUUAGUUGCUGAAGCCAACAUGUUACGGGAGAGAUUUGCUCAUCGGUAUCAUAGUGGCUCACUUUUUGGCAUGAACUCCAGGAACAGGAGAGGCGAGUCCUCCCGUCGUGGUGAAAUUAUUGGGUCGGGCCUUGAUAGAAAUGCUGGUGAUUCCUCCCGUCAAACAUCCAGCAAGCUAAUUGAAACUGAAGGUACUCCCCUUGUUGACAAGGAUGCUCUCGUUGCUCUUAUUCGGUUACUUCGAGUUGUUCAGCCUUUAUACAAGGGCCAGUUGCAGAGGCUUCUCUUGAACCUUUGUGCUCACCGGGAAAGCAGAAAGUCCUUGGUUCAAAUUCUGGUGGAUAUGCUUAUGCUUGAUCUGCAGGGCUCUUCUAAGAAAUCAACCGAUGCAACUGAGCCACCAUUUAGGUUGUAUGGAUGCCAUGCAAAUAUCACAUAUUCGCGCCCGCAAUCUUCGGAUGGUGUGCCUCCAUUGGUUUCCCGUCGUGUGCUUGAAACUCUGACAUACCUGGCAAGAAACCAUCCUAAUGUGGCUAGGCUCUUACUUUUUCUUCAGUUCCCUUGCCCACCUACUUGCCAGACUGGAACACUUGAUCAGAGGCGUGGCAAGGCUGUCCUUAUGGAAGGAGAUUCAGAACAGCAGAAAGCUUUUGCACUUGUUCUACUUUUAACUCUAUUGAAUCAGCCACUUUAUAUGAGAAGUGUAGCUCAUCUUGAACAGUUACUGAAUCUUCUGGAAGUUGUCAUGCUUAACGCUGAGAAUGAGAUUAAUCAAGCUAAGUUGGAAGCAUCAUCUGAGAAACCAUCAGGACCUGAGAAUGCAGCACAAGAUGCCCAAGAGGAUGCCAGUGUUGCUGGAUCAUCUGGAGCAAAGUCUAAUGCUGAGGAUAGUGACAAAACCCCUGCAGAUGAUGGAAGUAGCCUGCAAGCAGUGUUACACAGCCUUCCUCAAGCUGAGCUUCGGUUGCUAUGUUCAUUGCUUGCGCAUGAUGGGUUGUCAGAUAAUGCAUAUCUCCUUGUAGCAGAAGUUCUGAAAAAGAUUGUAGCUCUGGCUCCUUUCUUCUGUUGCCAUUUCAUAAAUGAGCUUGCACGUUCAAUGCAAAAUUUGACACUUUGUGCAAUGAAGGAGCUUCACUUGUAUGAGGAUUCUGAAAAGGCUCUUCUAAGCACAUCAUCGGCUAAUGGUACUGCAAUUCUUAGAGUUGUGCAGGCUUUGAGUUCUCUUGUCACCACUCUUCAAGACAGAAAGGAUCCGGAGCUUCUCGCUGAGAAGGACCAUUCAGAUGCACUGUCUCAGAUUUCUGAAAUUAACACAGCAUUGGAUGCAUUGUGGUUGGAACUCAGCAACUGCAUAAGCAAAAUAGAGAGCUCUUCAGAUUAUACAUCAAAUUUAAGUCCUGCUUCUGCAAGUGCACCUACAUUAGCAACUGGUGUAGCACCCCCAUUACCAGCUGGAACCCAGAAUAUACUACCUUACAUAGAAUCGUUUUUUGUGACAUGUGAGAAGUUACGUCCAGGACAACCUAUUUCUGUCCAAGAGGCUUCGACGUCUGAUAUGGAGGAUGCUUCAACAUCAAGUGCUGGGCCGAAAUCAUCUGCAAGCCACACCAGUCUUGAUGACAAGCACAGCCCUUUUGUGAAAUUCUCCGAGAAGCACAGAAGAUUGUUGAAUGCUUUUAUCAGACAAAAUCCUGGUUUGCUUGAAAAGUCAUUUUCUCUGAUGUUGAAGAUCCCUCGUCUGAUUGAUUUUGACAACAAGCGUGCAUAUUUCCGGUCUAAAAUUAAGCAUCAGCAUGAUCAUCAUCACAGUCCUGUUAGAAUUUCUGUCCGCCGGGCAUACAUUCUUGAGGAUUCCUAUAAUCAGCUUAGGAUGCGAUCACCGCAGGACUUGAAGGGUAGACUCACUGUACAUUUCCAAGGAGAAGAAGGCAUUGAUGCUGGUGGACUGACAAGAGAGUGGUAUCAGUUACUGUCACGGGUGAUUUUUGAUAAGGGCGCACUUCUAUUUACUACUGUUGGAAAUGACUUGACAUUUCAACCAAACCCGAAUUCUGUUUAUCAGACGGAACACCUCUCCUAUUUCAAAUUUGUUGGACGAGUGGUUGGUAAAGCUCUAUUCGAUGCCCAACUUCUGGAUGUUCAUUUCACUAGAUCCUUCUACAAGCAUAUACUUGGUGCGAAGGUUACUUACCAUGAUAUUGAAGCGAUUGAUCCUGCGUACUACAGGAACCUCAAAUGGAUGCUUGAGAAUGACAUCAGUGAUGUUCUGGACCUCACGUUUAGCAUGGAUGCAGAUGAAGAGAAGUUGAUAUUGUAUGAGAAAGCUGAGGUAACUGACUGUGAGUUGAUUCCUGGAGGGCGUAACAUUAGAGUCACUGAGGAGAACAAGCAUGAAUAUGUGGACAGAGUAGCAGAGCAUCGGUUGACCACUGCAAUUAGACCUCAGAUUAAUGCAUUCAUGGAAGGAUUUAAUGAAUUAAUUCCUCGGGAGCUGAUAUCUAUCUUUAAUGAUAAAGAGUUUGAACUGCUCAUCAGUGGGCUACCAGAUAUUGACUUGGACGAUCUAAAGGCGAAUACGGAGUAUUCUGGCUACAGCAUAGCUUCUCCAGUUAUUCAGUGGUUCUGGGAAAUUGUCCAAGGGUUCAGCAAGGAGGACAAAGCUCGGUUCCUUCAGUUCGUUACUGGAACUUCAAAGGUACCUCUGGAGGGUUUCAGUGCACUCCAAGGAAUCUCUGGACCACAAAGGUUUCAGAUACACAAGGCCUACGGCAGCACCAACCAUCUGCCAUCAGCUCAUACUUGCUUUAACCAACUAGACUUACCUGAGUACACAUCCAAAGACCAGCUCCAGGAGAGGUUGCUAUUGGCUAUUCACGAGGCAAAUGAAGGGUUUGGAUUUGGCUAAUCAGUCAUUUCUGCACUUGUGCUUUCACUGUCGGGUAUUUGUACAGAUAUUAUGGGAGUUGCAGAUCUAUUCCACAGCCUUCAAGAUCCCGCUAGUUUCCUACCUAAAGCGUCGGCAUUGCUCCCUGCUGGGGUCUUGAGAUUUGUGGAGAAAUGACCAACGACCGAUGGACUUUGUCCAGGAAGUUUCACAUUGCAAAGCGGGUUACUGCAAAGAAUGUGCAGCGAGGAGUGAGCUUCAAAAAGACAAACUAUUUGUUGUUCAUAAUAUUGUUUUUUCUUUUGUGGUCAGUUUUGGCCGUUGCCCAGUUAAUAUAUUACCUUCUCUUUACAUUGGACUAAACUGGAGGUUUUUAAGUCUUUUACUUUGUAUUCUUCCAAGUUAGUUUUGGGGGUAAUAGACUGGUGGAAUGCAGCAAUAAGUCCAGUGCAAGUUUUCCUCUGCCAUUGCAUGCUUAUUGCCUACGUUACCGCUCGUCAUACUUUCUGUAGGUGAAACUCAGUCCCAGAUAUUCAGGAUUCCAGAAUUAAAUUAUUGUUGUCUA